AUGGCAAGCGAAAUCCUCAUCACUGGAGCUGCAGGCUUCGUCGGCCAGGCGCUUGUAUCGGCCCUCAUUAAUGCCAACCCCUCUAAUCAACUUACCAUAACCGAUGUCGUUGAACCUCCAAUCCCGGCUGAUGUGGCAGGAGAAAGUAGCAGAAUAAAGUCGCUAAAGGCUGACCUCACCGACGCGGCUGCGGUAACGUCUCUGUUAUCCAAGCCGUUUGCCGCCGUCUACUUGCUGCACGGUCUCAUGUCAGGCGGGGCAGAGGCGAACCUUGACCUGGGUCUUAGAGUGAACUUAGACUCAGUCCGUGCAGUGCUCGACCACCUCCGCAAGAACUACCCUGGCACUACCGUCGUAUUCACCAGCUCAUGUGCCGUCUACGGCCCUCGUCAACCCGUCAUUGAGAGUGAGACGGUGCCGAAGCCAAAGACUUCUUAUGGGACUGAGAAACUUAUCAUCGAGUUGCUGGUGGAAGACUACUCCCGCCGCGGCCUUAUUGAUGGACGUAUUGUUCGCCUUCCAACGGUUACGGUCAGGCCCGGCGCUCCGUCGGCAGCAGCGUCAAGUUUCGCAUCUGGAAUUGUUCGUGAGACAUUGAAGGGUAUUAAGAACGUCUUACCCGUUAGCCGCGACCUUGAGAUCUGGGUCUGUAGCCCAGCUACAGUCGUCAAGAACCUUGUCAAGGUCAAGGACGUGCCUAAGGAGAAGUUUGGCGAUUCAAGGGUUGUCAACCUCCCUGGUAUUACUGUAACUGUGCAGGAGAUAUUGGAUGCAGUGGAGAAGGUUGGCGGUAGGGACGCUUUGGCAUUGAUCGAGGAGAAGAAGGACCCCGGUAUUUUGGCUAUUGUGGACACAUGGCCAGCUCGCUUCGACGUCAGUCGAGCCUAUAGUCUUGGCCUGGAGCCCGACGGGCCAAUUUUGGAGGCUGUUGAGGCAUUUGCAAAAACUUUGAAGCAAUAG